CCUCUCCUUCUUAAAAGGGGGCACUCCUUCGUGGUUUGGAAUGCCUCCUAACCCAGUACAUGUGCAAUAAGUAUGAAGUAAGCAAACAGAUUCCACAGACAAUAUCGCAUGUAACAUCCAGUGAAAGUGUGUUAUAACUUUACAUGUGAAAUUUGUGGAUGAAAAAACUGUGAAAUAUUGAACUGACAUACCAUAUGAUAAAAGAUUUGCAAGAAAGGGAGUAGAACCCAUAAAACAAGGGCUUAACCACAAGGUUUUCAUUGUUGUUGUCGUACAGCAUUGUUGUGUGAUUAUUCAAAAAAUAUAUGACAUUAUGUAACAAAUGCGAGGAUGCAUCCACGACGUCUGGACAGUUAUUCAUCGAAACAAUCACCGUUAGGAAUAAAAUAUCAACUGUAGGGGAUUUUUGUCUGACUGAUAAUUACAUGAUUUAAAAAGGAGUGAUUUAAAAAAAAAAAAAAGAAGCAAACUGCCACCAAGAUGGGCAUUCGUGAAAAUGGAUAUUAAUUAAUUCACAGAGGAAAUAUCAAGAUAUUUGUGAAGCUCAGGAAAAUAAUAAUUCAUGAAUGAGGAGUUUAUUGACGAUUUAAACGGGCUAACCCCCUUCCCCGACUCUCCCCACAAUAUGUCCGAAGUAUUGCCCGGGGAGAGGAGUUUGACAUCGGUUCUGAACGACACAGGAGGAGGAGAACUGGUCAGGACAGGGAGUCCAAACUUUGUGUGUACAGCUCUACCGUCUCACUGGAGAUCCAACAAAACUCUGCCCCUAGCCUUUAGGGUAGUGGCACUGGGAGAUAUUAAGGAUGGAACCAAAGUUCAAGUCACCGCGGGAAACGAUGAGAAUUUCUGUUCUGAAUUAAGGAAUUGUACGGCUUACAUGAAGAAUCAAGUGGCGAAGUUUAAUGACUUGCGUUUUGUUGGACGUAGCGGUCGUGGAAAGAGUUUUUCUUUGACGAUCACAGUAUGGACACACCCACCACAGAUCACGCUUUAUCAAAAGGCCAUCAAAGUCACCGUGGACGGACCACGAGAUCCGCGCAGCAAAAUCAAAUUGCGGACGGAUGAUCGUCGGGUUCGAUGUCCAUUAGAUAUGCCUUCGGACAGAAAUCCAUUCCCCAAUCCUUUGGAGUCAACUCGAUUUACACCACACAUGUCGGACUGGGGUCCUGUGCGGAGACCCACGUCACAUCCGGGAGAUUCCGUCAGAAGAUUGCAAUCCUCGGAUUCCAAUGGAUUCCACCACAAUGACCCCAUUGGAAAGAGAAAUCAUUGGGGAUUUGACCCUUCACCAUACCCCUCUAUUACUACCCACGCGUCAGUCCCACCUUACACCCAGUCUCAAGCUCUAUCUGUCACAGGACAUCAAAUAACCUCCGCAACUCCCAUUACUCAACCAAUGGAUCAAGUACUUCAAGAUAACAGAAUUCCGAUCAUGUCCAAGGACAACACCCAAUUAGACAUUUUACCCCCAAAUCAGGAUAGAUCCAUGCCCGUUAUUAUUCCGGAUCCACAGCGAGCAGACGGAACAACUCUAGAACAAAGAGCUUCAUCACUUGAUCAACAACUCUCGCUGUUCCCGAGAUUUUCCGAACACAGAAUGCCCGAGUCUCGAUUUCAAGAUUCCAGACACCUGUUUGGGUCGUCCAGUUUACCGCCAUAUCCAUCUACAAAUUCAAAUCUCGCUAUACUACGUGAAAGUGCUAUCUUGAGAGCGUCAGAAAAUAUAUCUCGAGAAAUAAAUAGAGAAAUAUCACUGCCCAUACCCGGGUCCCAUAACACUUACCCAAUGAUGACCACAAACGAAAUUCUAGAUCGAAUCAAUCCUCCAACGACCAUGACGUCAUCCUAUUUGAGCACGUCACCAACAUUACCAACGAGUUUGUUUUAUCCACACAUUUAUUCAAAUCCGCCGCCAAUGCAAUCCAGUCUAUAUUUACCAGAAGAGAGAACAUACGCAAUAUUAGGUCAAAGGUCACAGGAGAUCAAUACUGUGAGAGCAGAUCGACCUCUAUCUGGUACUCCGCCGCGCUUGCCGAUUGAUGGACCAAAUAGGCAAAUGAUUCGAGACGAUAGCGACGAAAGAUCAAGAAUAGAAGCAGUUCGCGCCAAUAUCAUGCAGCCAAUGGAAACUCACGUUACAGAUGCGAACAAUUCUCCUGUUCGUCACGGCGCUAACCCAAACACUGUUGCUGACGUUUCGUCUGUGUGGCGACCUUAUUAAAGACAAUCAUGUGUAUAGAUAUUUACCGCAACGUCCCAUGUUGCUUUUGUUAUUUUGGCGAUCUUGUCGAAUCCGGCGAAGUCUUUUCCUUGCGCCAAAUUCCCAGAUUUUGACAUUCGCUUUGAAAUCGUCAAAGGGAAGAAAAAGCGUACGUGUGAGCUCAAGAGAAGACGGCGUGGACAGUUGUUGCACAUAGCAUUGGAGUGGGAAACUGAUGCCGAUUUAAUGGUGCUUGGAAGAUUGUGCAUUUAAAGGACACCAUCGUCCUGAUUAGUUUGGGGGUUCUGUGAUCUCAGAUGGCGUUGACUUACGUUUGUAAAUUUCAACGUGUUUAUUUUUUUUAAUGUUGUGUAAAAAGUCCAAUGUUUUGAUCUCAACGACAUUAUAGUAUGUAAAAGUCUUCUCUAUACCUAUAUCUUAAACUGUCAGCAGUGGGUAUUUGCGUAAAUGAUAGAUUGUUUAAAUUACAAGUUACUUGCUGUUAUUUUGUAACAGGAUCUUUUGAACUGCGCAAAUUUCAGAUUAACUGCACUAAAUGUCCUUCUCAUAUCUUAAUUGUAAACUGAUACAUUACAAUCAACCUUGCCAAAGAAAUCCUGUCGGAUGAGAAAAGAAUCAAGACAAGCGAAUUGUUUACGACGAAAGAACGAAAGUAUUGGAUAAAUAAGUAUGGUUUUUACAUCCCCCAUCAUGUAUUUAUCAAACAUCCCCUUCUCUUCAUUCCACUUUUCAAAUGUGCUGUUUUAUGUGAUGUGAUUUUUCCAUAUUUUCAUUGUUAUGACAAACUUCCUACUUGAGACCACUCUUUUUCUCUUUUGUCCAGUUUGUUGUGUAAUUCUCAGUGCUAUAUUGUUGAUUAUUGUCAGAAAUUUGUUUACGUCAUUUAUAUUUUUAAACUGUUAAAAUUUUAAUUGUCUGCCUUAAAUGGUUUUUCUCAAAACUAGCCUUGUGGUGUUCUCGGACAAGUGCAUUUUUGAAUAAAGAGACUAGUUGAAAUUUGAAACUGUGGACGACGAAUAAUUACCUUGGUUACACUAUUUCGACAUUUUUUUCGAUGAUAGUGUUGUAUUUUAGAAGAUUUACGGAUUGGUACAGUCUCCGAUAUUGUUUUGAUACGGUUUUGUAUUUUCUGCUUUAAUAGUGCUCCAUGUCUCUGUGUAUGAUCCACACUUUUGUGUGGUUAAGCAUUCAAUAAAAUGUUGAUAUAUCUAUA